UAAUAUAGAGGUCUAUUGUGUUUGACAUUCGUUUCACAUUGUAUAUAAAAUUUUUGCAUGCAUGUUUUGUAAUUUGUAUAUUAGAUGUCAUAUAAAAUGUGCAUAUAAUAAGUUUUUAUAUGAUAUAUUUACAUAUAUACGUACAUAUUUUAGUAAGCAAAUAAAUAUUUGAAAAAUUGUAUAAAGAUAUUUUAAAGAAAUAAUUCAAACAUAACCACAAAAUGCAAUGAAUGAUAAUAAAUAUAUUUAAUUAUAAUAAAUAUAUUUAAAUUAUAAAAAUUUAAUAUACUUUUAAGAAAAUAUAAUUAUAAAUAUUUUCAAAAUUUCAAUAUACAUAUUUAAAAUGCGUAGUCGUAGUAAUUCUGGUGUUCGUUUGGAUUAUUAUCAACGAAUUGUACACAAAAUCAUUAUGAAACAUCAGAAUGCAGUUACAGGACUUUUUCCUGCUAGUCCUGAAAAUAAUCAUGCAUGGGUUCGUGAUAACGUAUACUGUAUUCUCGCUGUUUGGGGUCUUUCAAUGGCAUAUAAAAAGAUUGCUGAUGCAGAUGAAGAUAGAGCUAAAACAUAUGAACUUGAACAAAGUUGUGUAAAAUUAAUGAGAGGUUUAUUAAUGGCAAUGAUGCAACAAAAAGAAAAAGUUGAACAAUUUAAAUCCAGUCAAAAUCCAUGUGAUGCUUUACAUGCUAAAUAUAGCUCUGUUAAUGGACAAACUGUUGUGGGUGAUACAGAAUGGGGUCAUCUUCAAAUAGAUGCUAUAUCUCUUUAUUUAUUAAUUUUAGCCCAAAUGACAGCAUCUGGUUUACAAAUUGUUUUCAAUUUGGAUGAGGUUGCAUUCAUUCAAAAUUUAGUAUUUUAUAUAGAAUCAGCUUAUUGCACUCCUGAUUAUGGAAUUUGGGAAAGAGGAGAUAAAACAAAUCAUGGUUUGCCAGAAUUAAAUGCUAGUAGUAUCGGAAUGGCAAAAGCUGCAAUGGAAGCAAUGAAUGAAUUGGAUUUAUUUGGUGCAAGAGGUGGACCUACCUCAGUAAUUCAUGUAUUAGCAGAUGAAGCACAAAAAUGUCAAGCUGUUUUACAAUCUAUGUUACCACGUGAAUCAAAUUCAAAGGAAUUAGAUAGUGGAUUAUUAUCUGUUAUAAGUUUUCCAGCAUUUGCUGUAGAUGAACCUAAUUUAAUUCAAUUAACAAGAGAUGCAAUUACUAAAAAAUUACAAGGUCAUUAUGGAUGUAAAAGAUUUUUGAGAGAUGGAUAUAAAACGCCAAAAGAAGAUCCUAAUAGACUUUAUUAUGAACCAUGGGAAUUACGUAUAUUUGAAAAUAUAGAAUGUGAAUGGCCUUUGUUUUUUUGUUAUUUAAUUGUGGACUACUGUUUCCAAGGCAAUAAAGAUGCAGUAAUAGAAUAUACAAAACAAUUAGAACAAAUAAUGAUUAAAGCAGAAGAUGGAAUAAAAUUAGUACCUGAACUAUAUUCUGUGGAGACUGCAAAUGUAUCAGCUGAAUAUGCUGAACCAGGUAGUCAGAAACGUAUUGCAUUAGGCAGAUGUCCAUUUAUGUGGGCUCAAUCUCUUUACAUAUUAGGAAAGUUAUUACAAGAAGGAUUUCUUGCUGUGGGAGAAUUGGAUCCAUUAAACAGACGUUUAUGUAGUGAAAAGAAACCGGAUGUCGUAGUACAAGUUGUUAUUUUAGCAGAAGAUGCAGAAAUUAGAGAAAAAAUAGCUCAACACGAUAUUCAUGUACAAACAAUUGCAGAAGUUGCACCAAUUGAAGUGCAACCAGCAAAAGUUCUUAGUCAUUUAUAUACAUAUCUAGGUCGAAAUAAAAAGUUAGGAUUAUCUGGGCGUAAAUCAAGAGAUGUAGGAAUUUUGAGUACCAGUAAAUUAUAUUCCUUGAAUGAUAAAAUAUUUGCAUUCACUCCACAGAACUUUGACGCGGAGGAGUACUACACGACAAAUGAUGCAGCCCUCCUUGCCAACACUUUUACAACCAACUUGGCCUUCCUCACCAUCAACUGGAAGCAAAUGCUCGGCAGGCCAACUAUAACACUUGUUGCUACUCAUAAUCAUCUAGAUCAAGGAAAGAUACCAUUAGCAAUGAUAACUACUAUGAAAAAAUUAAAAAGUGGUUAUAUUAAUGGUACUCGAGUUUCACUAGGAAACUUAAAUGAUUUUUUGAGUACAUCUUGCAUUACAAAUCUAAGCUUCUUAGGAAGUUCUGAAGAUGGUAAACCCGAUAAAUUAAAUCCUCAGGUUCAACAAUAUUUAGAAGAACAUUUGAUGCGUGCAUUCCCACAUCGUACAGGUCUUCUUAAUAGACCUAUAAUUAGAAGUGGAAAAAAUUUAAGACGCAAAAUGUCAGUAAAAGGAGCUAUAAAAAAAACAAGAUCAAUUGCUGUAGAACUGACAGAUACAACAUUAACUUCUAAUCCUAUGCAAUCAACUUCAAUGGAUCGAAUACCUUCUCCUACAAAUGAAUUAUUAUCAUGGACAAAUUCUCCUAAAUUACAUAGACAUAGAGGUAUAAAUGAAACUCAAUAUGCAGAUACAGAAGUUGAAGAAUUGUUAACUAUGCUUCGAGAAACAGAAAGUUUAGAAGAACAAGGAGAUAUUUUACAAUAUCUUGUUGAUUCUCAAGGUCUAUAUUUCAAUACUGGCAUGGUAGAAGAAGGUCAUCCAGUUUUGAUAAAAGAUUUACUAAAAGAUUUGUAUGAAAAAGCAUGUCAACAAAAAAUGUGGGGUAUUGUACGUCAUACAGCUGGUAUGUUAGGAAAACGGGUCGAAGAUUUAGCCAAAGCAGUUACUGAUUUAUUAGUUCGUCAAAAACAAGUUACGGUUGGAAUGCCACCAACUAACGAACAUACUAUUGUUGCUCCAUUGCCAGAAAAUGAAUUGCGAACUUUAAUUCAUCAAGCAUAUGGAGAUGAUGAAUCUACUGCUAUGUUGACACAGGAAUUACUUGUAUAUUUAGCGAUGUUCAUUAGAACUGAACCACAAUUGUUUCAUGAAAUGCUUAGACUUAGAGUAGGUUUAAUCAUUCAAGUAAUGGCUACUGAAUUAUCAAGAACUCUAAUAUGUACUGGAGAAGAAGCAUCUGAACAUUUGCUAAAUUUAUCACCUUUCGAAAUGAAAAAUCUUUUACAUCAUAUUAUGAGUGGAAAAGAAUUUGUUAUUAGUAGUGUUGGUCGAGGAAAUUUUUCUGUUAUCAGUUGUAAAUCUAGUAAAGUCAGUAAGAAAUCACAAAUUGGAGGUUUUUUAAGUCCUGAUCAAACUGAUGGUAAUGAAGCAGAACCAGAUCGACAAGGUCAAUGGUUACGACGAAGAAGAUUAGAUGGUGCAUUAAACAGAGUACCAAGAGAUUUUUAUCCUCGAGUAUGGCAAGUACUCGAACGAUGCCAAGGUUUAGCAAUUGAAGGUAGAAUUCUUCCUCAAAAUCUUACACAGGAAAUGACACCAGGAGAAUUAAAAUUUGCAUUAGCAGUAGAAACUGUGUUAAAUACUAUACCACAACCAGAAUAUCGUCAAUUAAUAGUCGAAGCUUUAAUGGUAUUGACUUUAAUAACUGAAUAUAAUGUAGUAACUUCCCUGGGUGGACUUAUUGCUGUUGAACAAUUAGUUCAUAAGGCUAAUGCUAUUUUUUUAGAUGAUCAGAUGAAAAUUGAUGGUGAUGCUACUUUAUGUUGUGCCAAACCAAAAGAGCAACGUGAAACAACUGCAAUGGGAAAUCUACUUUGUGGUGGAGCAGCAUAUGUUUGUCAACAUUUUUAUGAUAGUGCUCCAAGUGGUAGUUUUGGAACAAUGACAUAUAUUACAAGAGCAAUAGCUACAUUAUUAAAUUGUUUACCAAAAGAUAGUGAUUUAGAAUGUUCAAUAUCAUAAUUAUUUAUUUUUUAAAAAUAAAUAAUAAAUUUUUAGUUGAUUAUA